GGCGAGCUUUUUCUUAUGCCGGUGUAAAAUUGGAGCAACCGAGCGGAGUCAGAAGCGUUUAAAACUCGAAUGACCCAGGCUCAGGCUUUUUACUGCCGACUGUAACAUGGCAAGGGCUGUGCACAUCGGGCUGGAGCCCAGCUGCUUAUUUAGCAAAUGUUUGUGGUUGUGCCUCUGGUGCCGGUGAUAGCGCGCACACACCCAGGCACGGGCACUGUAAACCUACUGCGGACUUUGAGCUCCGGAAGGCAGCGCUGCUCGGCUGGGCGCAUCCACGGCGCGAUUGCGCAAGGCCAGGUCCCGCUGGGUUACAAAUCUGCUGUAAAGGAGGGUGGAAUGGAGCCCCGAAAUUCAAUAGCGCCUGGUGCCGAGCGCUUCCCUCCUUCCCCAAAGUCUUCGCGCGCUCGAACAUCUCCGUUUGGCCUCAUUUUUGUGCUUCGGUGGUGUCUGCACAGCCCAAAUUAGCAGCGAGGAUUCCACGGACGGGGGCCGCCGCCUCCCUCGGCUCCCAGAUAUAUGUUGGGGAAAGGAGGAAAGCGGAAGUUUGACGAGCAUGAAGAUGGGCUGGAAGGCAAAGUGGUGUCUCCCACUGACGGUCCCUCUAAGGUGUCUUACACCUUACAGCGUCAGACUAUCUUCAACAUUUCCCUUAUGAAACUUUAUAACCACAGGCCAUUAACCGAGCCAAGCUUGCAAAAGACAGUUUUAAUUAACAACAUGUUGAGGCGAAUCCAGGAAGAACUCAAACAAGAAGGCAGCUUGAGGCCCAUGUUUGUGGGCGCUUCGCAGCCUGCCGACCCUCUCAGCGACAACUUCCGCGAGGCGCAGCCGGCGUUCAGCCACCUGGCCUCGCCGCCCCUGCUCCCCGCCGACCUGGUAAGCACUAUGCCCCUGGAGUCCUGCCUCACCCCGGCCUCUCUGCUCGAGGACGACACUUUUUGCACUUCCCCGGCUGUCCAGCACGAUGGUCCGACGAAGCCACCACCUCCUGCUCUCCAGCCAGUAAAGGACAGCUUCUCCUCAGCCUUGGACGAAAUCGAGGAGCUUUGUCCAGCACCUACCUCCACAGAGGCAGUAGCAGCUGAGCCGGCAGCCGGCGACUCGAAAGCCCAGCCCAGCGAGUCCAACAUCCACAAGCCCGAGGGCCUCCCGGAGAGCAGAACGGCUGAAUCCAAACUCAUGGACCCCCUGCCUGGCAACUUUGAGAUAACAGCUUCCACAGGUUUCCUCACAGACUUGACCCUGGAUGACAUUCUGUUCGCUGACAUUGAUACGUCCAUGUAUGAUUUUGACCCCUGCACAUCUGCCACGGGGGCUGCCUCAAAAAUGGCUCCUGUCUCAGCAGAUGAGCUCCUAAAAACUCUUGCUCCGUACAGCAGUCAGCCAGUAACUCCAAAUCAGCCUUUCAAAAUGGAUCUCACAGAACUGGAUCACAUCAUGGAGGUGCUUGUUGGGUCUUAAAAAUAUUAGAAAUAUAGCAACUUUUUUUUGUCUUUUUGCUUUUUUUUUUUUUUUUUAAUUUUAAGUACCAGUAUAUACACUUGGUAGUAUUUCCAUAGUCUCUCCCAGCCCCGAUUCACAGCACUGUGCAUGCAUCCUUGCUUGCCUUUUUUGAAAAGAAAAGGAUCACACUAGUUUUUGCUUCGAGCAGAGUUGGAGUGCCUUCAUCCAUGUAUGACCACUUCUAAUGUAUUUUUUUUAAAGUGGUUCCUCAAGGAAGACCGAAUAUCCUGGUAUAGGAAAGAAUAUGUAUUGUAGACAAUGUUAUGUUAUUACAAAAAAAAAGAAAAAAAGGAAAAAAAAGGUAAAAGCUAAGCACAAGGAUUAUGUUGGGGAAAGCUGUAAAUUGCAUGUGCAUACUUGUCUAUUUUUUCUAUAAGUUUUAUUGCAAGAGGUAAAAAAUUUUAUUAUUUAGAUAAUCUCAAUACCAUUUUAGCCCUGUAUAGGUUGACUUUAGCAAUUCAGCCUUUUGGAGGCAUUAACCUGCUCCUCUUUAAGUGUUGCAUUUACAUGGCUGUUUAGAAACUGCUGCCCAAAUUUAUUUUAUAUUUUUGUACAGAUUCUGCAGUUUAUGGUAUUGUUUUUUCUAAAAACAAAUGCUGUUUAUACACACAAAAAAAUAGCUAUUUUGAUAGGAUUUGCUCACAUAGUUCCUGCAUAAUUCAGAUGUACAAGAACCACUUGUACUUUUAUACAGAGUUGUAAUGUUUUAUAUGUGUAUGGUGCAAAGAGAAAAUUGGAUCAAAUAAGCCUGCAGUCGGUUUCCCUGAAUGCAAACAAAAAAAAAAAAAAGUGCUUUAAGAAAGGGCUGGGAGCUGCUUCUGCCGGAGUUUCACAAGUGUUUGCUCCCUGCUGUACCCACUGCGCACUACUGUGAUUCCUGAAACUUAGAGCCAUGUCCUUUCCAACACGUAUGUGAAGCAGUUGGCAGGAAACAGUUGUGGAACUUCACCCCGGAGCUCCUGAGCGCUGCUGUGGCCGCAGCCCCCGUCCCGCCCCACGUGGAGCCUUAACCCGGCGGAGAUCGGCACCUCCUGAGCCGGAGCUCCUGGCGAUGGUGAGGGGAGCCCGGAGCCUGAGAGCCAGCCAGGCUCCCGUGGCACUCCCUGACUGACGGCGCGGGGCUGGGAGCGUGCGCUCGCCCUUUCUUGGAGCAUUUCUCCUCCCCUCUCCCACCUCACUGUGCUAAGUGCUGAAAAAGGCAGCUUCAGUAUUACUGCAGUGAAGCUCAUCUCGUACCUGCACUGGAUGGACUUGCUUCAAUAUCCAUUGCUGUCGAAACUGGAGCCAGUCGUGUGACAUCACUUGGCAUCUCGUAUAGAGUUGGGUUCUUCUUUCAACUGCGUUACCUGCUUUACACUUUAUAGACCCGUUUUACAAGGAAUAUACAGACACAGCUUUCUAUGCAUGGUCCCUUCCCCCGUAACACCUGAGAAGUCUUCUUACUGCACCAAUAGCUGGUUUUUUUUUUUUCCUGAGUUCGUUGUGGUGUACAUUUAAUUUAAAAAGAAAAAAAUGUUUGCAAUGUAUCAUGCCUAUUGCUGAAGUUGCUAUGGCAUUUUAGUUUUCCAAUGGUACUUUAGUUGUUGAGUGCCGGUUACAACCUGUAUUGUUGACAUGCCUAUGGCUUCUUUAGGAAUAACUUUUAUAUUUAUUUAAGAAAUUUUAAAUUAUGUUUUGUCAUUUGGCAAUAUUCAGUCAGUUCUGCUCCCUUCUUGUCACGGAUGAAAUUGGGUCUUGCCUGCCUUUUGAGGAGGCGGCUUUUUGUAAAUUGGCACUUUAAAGCAGGCCAUAUAUAUUUAUUAGUAUAUAGAUAGAUGUAACAUAGAUAUGCACACAGACACAGGAUGAGAGCAAAUACAUUUUUGCAAUGAAGGAACUCCUAAUGGAAAUGAAAUGCAUCAUGUACAGCUGCAAAAGGCGCUUCUGGCUCCCAGCUCAUCUGUCAGGGAGAGACAGGGUUGGGGGAGGAGGGGAGCACUGGCCCAGGGGGGUGGGUUUGCUUUCUUCUUUUCCCAAGCUGAGCUCCGUGAAGCACUGGGGUGCUGAUGGAUCUGCAGUCACUACACAGACUAAAGAGAAAGGAGGUUAUACUUAAAUGGAGAACCACUGACCAAGUGUAGCGUUAGGGACCAGGGGAAGGGAGGGCAGGGAGGGGAGGGACAGCUCCAGCUCCACCCAGCCCUUGUUCCACAGCAGUCCUCAGCCCUUGCAGGCGAACCCACGGCCUUUCUGUCCCUGCACCUCGAGUACCUGGGAACACAAUGCUGCACAAACCUGGAACAGCACCAGGCUCGGUAACUUGGAGGCACUUGCCUUACCAUGGUUAAAAACUGAUUUGCAGGAUACUGGAGCCAUCUGUUUUUUGGGAUUAUUUAAGUAUUUACACCUGCCUAAAUAUCACCUGCUAGGCAAAAGCUCCCAUCAGUGCCCUUCUCAGAGACCUGUGCUGUUCAGGGGAGUCAGCUGAAGGGAACUUUUUGUACCCAGAGAGCAGGAGCUGAGCUCUAAAUCCAGCCUGCCGCUUGGGCAGUGUCUGUGGCUCCUUGGUGCUGAAGCACGUCCUGGGGCAGAAUCCCUGCAGGAAUCCCACAGGACAGAAACCUACUUGAUUUGUGGGACUCAGAAGAAGGUUGGGAAGGCUGCUGCAGGUCUGGGUCGAAGGGCUGAGCUGUGGCUUUCCCCCCUGCCCAGUCACUGAGUGUCUCCAGCUGGGCCCGUGCCGUGGUCCCAACAGCAGCCAAGCAUGGAAUUUCUCUGAGACCUACACCAGGGAUGGAGAUUGACAUUAACGUGCAAUGAAGUGACAAGAUGGGAGCAGAAUAAGAGGGCUUUGGAUUUGAAGUGAUUUUUUUUUCUUAAAUUAUUUAUUCUUUUUUUUUCUUCUGUAAAUAUAUUUAUUUUAUUGUGAAGCUAACAACAUCUGGAUUGUAACAUGUACAGAAUGUAUGGUAGGAAUGUAUCCUCUUGUAGGAAUGUAAAUCUGUAUGAAAAAGGGUAUGGGAGCCAGAUUCAGAAAGAAUUAAUUGAGUUCCAGUCAGGAUA